AGAGCACACCGGAAGCGACCUCAAAAUCCAACAUGGCAGCUACUUGGUUCCUACGCUGCCCCUGGAGGAGAGUCGGAGCUCAACUGCUUCCGUUGCCCGCAUGCUGCCCUCGCCGAGCUCUGCACAAGCAAGUAGACGGCACCGAGUUCCACAGCAUCUAUAGUCUGGACAAGCUCUACCCAGAGUCUAAGGGCUCGGACAUCGCCUGGAAAAUUCCGGAUGCUGCGAAACAGGCCAGCAGUGACAUCCCUUUAGAUCGCUUGACAAUAUCUUACUGCCGGAGUAGUGGUCCUGGAGGGCAGAAUGUUAACAAAGUGAAUUCAAAGGCCGAAGUCAGGUUCCACUUGGCAACUGCUGACUGGAUUGCAGAACCCGUGCGGCAGAAGAUUGCCCUCCUGCAUAAGAAUAAAAUCACUAAGUCAGGAGAGUUGAUUUUCACCUCGGAAAGCAGCCGCUAUCAAUUCCGGAAUCUGGCCGAUUGCCUGCAGAAAAUCCGGGACAUGAUUGCCGAGGCCAGUCAGCUGCCCAAGGAGCCGUCCAAAGAAGACGCUCGGCUAAAGAGAAUCAGGAUAGAAAACAUGAAUCGGGAAAGGCUGAGACAGAAGAGAAUAAAUGCUGCCGUAAAGACAAGCAGGAGGGUAGAUAUGGACUGAAAUCACCUGUGAGCCAGCAAGGACCUCAGUGCAGGGCCAAGGGCAGCUGGAGCAGUCACGUAACACCAUGAGGAGAUCUCCUUUUCAUUGUUAUUUUUGCUGUUUAUGCCUGUCUGUGACAUUGGAACCCUCACAGAAAUGUUCACUUGGAAUGAGGGUUGCGGGUCUUCAUAGGCGAUCACCAUAUUGUCAAAUCCGAGUUACCACUGAAUGUAUUGUUGCCAGCAAUAAACUUCUAAGCCCA